AUGGCUCGCCUUUCUGUAAAGGGCGCUGCCCUGCUCACCACAUCACUACUCUCGGGCGUUGCAUCCGCCGUCGAGUAUCUCUCCAUCAAUGGCUCCAACUUUGUCGUCGAUGCCACUUCCAAGCGUUUCGACCUCAUUGGUAUCACUUACCAGCCCGGUGGCUCGUCCGGAUUCAGCUCCACUGCCGACCCCCUGAGUGACCCCGACAGCUGUCUGCGAGAUGCCAUCAUGAUGCAGCAGCUCGGUGUCAACACGGUCCGUGUCUACAACUUGGACGCCGAUCUGGACCACGACCAGUGUGCCUCCAUCUUCAACGCUGCUGGUAUCUACAUGCUGCUCGAUGUCAACAGCGGUCUCUACGGCCAGUACAUUGACCGCUCCGACCCCUCCAGCACCUACACCCUGGACUACAUGGAGCACAUCUUCAGCAUCGUCGAGGCCUUCUGGAACUACCCCAACCUGCUGGGUUUCUUCGCCGGAAACGAGAUCAUCAACGAGGACAGUGAUGAGUCGGUCCCAAUGUACAUUCGUGCCAUUGUCCGCGAUCUCAAGGAGUACAUUGCCCUGCACGCACCCCGCAGCAUCGGUGUCGGCUACUCCGCCGCAGAUGUCGCCGACAUGCUGACUGACACCUGGGCCUACCUCGGCUGCGAGCUCGACAACUCGACCUACUCCAAGAUGGACUUCUUUGGUCUCAACGACUACGAGUGGUGCGGCGACAGCAGCUACACCGAGUCGGGCUACGACACUCUCGUCACUGACUUUGCCGGUACCGACAUUCCCGUCUUCUUCUCCGAGUACGGCUGCAACAACGUCCGCCCCCGUACCUUUACCAACGUGCCCGUGCUCUACGGCGACGAGAUGGCCGAGCUCAGCGGUGGUCUCGUCUACGAGUACUCCGAGGAGACGUCUGGAUACGGAGUCAUUGCCAUCAACAGCUCGACUGAAAUCACCCUCCUCCAGGACUACAACUACCUGCAGCAGCAGCUGGCCAGCAUCGACGUGUCGGCCCGCACCGAGCUCAACUCGACGGCCGAGAGCGCCGCCGCCACCAGCUGCGCCGCCUCGCUCAUCUCCGAGUCCUCCUUCCUGGCCAACUGGGACCUCCCCGACCGCCCCUCGGGCGGCGACGACCUCGUCACCAGCGGUCUGGGCUCCUCGGUCACCGUCUCGGUCGGCAGCCUCGUCAGCGUCACGGCCACCACCAUGCCCGCCACCGUCUACAACUACACGGGCGCCGAGGUCACCGGCCUGGCCCUCGUCUCCCUCGGCUGCGCCGACGUCAACUACCCCGGUCUCAUUGCCACCUACACGGCCUCGGACGAGACGUGCACCUAUGCCACCUCGACCGCCGGCGCCGCCAGCAGCUCCGACAGUGCCGCCGGUCCCCGUUUCACUGGCGGCAAUGACGCUGGUGUCGUUGCCAUGAUGGCUGCCCUCUUGUCGGGAGUCGUUGCCGGUGUCAUGCUUUUGUAA